AUGUUCUUUGAUGGUCUAUCGGACUCUUGUGAAAGUGACGACGAGAGCGUUAGCUCCGAGCCAGCAGUGCUGCAAGCUUCACGUAGGGGCGACUUGGACAAGAUGAAGUUGCUGCUUGAUGCGGGCGAAGUGAGUGUGCGGCUCUUGCAAAAGUGCUUCCGAGGGGCGUGUGAGGCACCGGAAUUUUUCGAGCAGUCGGAAGCUACCAAAGCUGCUCAGAGAAAGGGGUGCCGUGCUGAGGCGGCGAAGUUCAUAAUCGACCACUUCGGCCUUGAUGUGAACGUCAAGAUUCCUGAGGAGGAGUACGAGUACGAUCCAGAGUACACCAGCGUGACAAUCGUUCACCGAUGGCCCCUCGAGCUGUCCCUCCUUUCCGCAGAAGCGUGCAAGAUGCUUCUGUCAUACCCGGUUGAGGUGGGAAUUGAAACAGCGAAAGGCACUCCACUGCAGUAUGCGUGCCACUACCGGCGUGGAGAUGUGGUGAAAGAGCUUCUCAACCACCCUGCCAUCGAUACCACGGGCGUUUGGCAAAGCCUCUUUGCAGAGUGUUCUUCUUCGCGGCCUUGGCCGGAAGGUGUGGAGGUGGCAGAGCUUCUGCUGGGCCACCCUGGUGCCAAGAAGGCACUAAACCAUCGAGGGAAGUCGGGCUUCACGCCUUUAUUCGGCCGCCUUCAAACCGUGGACCAGCGCCUCCUCAGGCUUCUACUCGCAGUUCCGGAGCUUGACGUGAGGGACGUGGAUGAGCAGGGGCAGAGCUUCCUGCACCGGAUUCUGUGGCGACCGCCAUGGAAACGCACAAGCCCUGCAGAUCUCCUGCGCGCUGUCCUUGCGCGUGAGGAGGUUGAUCUGCACCGCAAGGACAAGGAAGGCCGCAACGCUGUUGACGUGGUGCUGCACCGACUCGAACGUGUACCUCAAGAAGAGAAAGGCACCCUCCCUGCUCUCAAGGCAGUCUUGGAGGAGUAUGGUGCGCUGCCAACAGACGUACCUAAGAUUUCCUUUACUCUGCGCGACGGCAAGGUCUGUGAAUUGAAAGAGAAGUCUUGCAUGGAGGCUUCCCAAGUGUUCCGAGCUUACCUUACCACCGAGGUGGGUGUGCUUCAGCGGCAGUUUUCGUUGAAGGAGGUCAGCGAAAACACCUUUCGGUUCAUGCAGGCUGUCAUUGAGCAGAAGCCUGAGCCCAACCUCAGUGAUCUGUUGGCAUCGCGGAAGCGGGCGAGAGGCCAGCAGACGACCACGACAGACCACCAAACCCUGAAAGAGUUGCUGGUUGCGGCAGACAAGUACAUGAUAACGCCGUUGCAGGACAAGUUGGAGGCGUUCGUGGCGCAGCUGCUCAGAACUUCCGAGGAGGCAGAGGCCUUGAUCGCCUAUGCAGAGGCCGAGGUUGACGCCUUGUUUGCGCGGAGACUCGGGCAGAAGCUGUUAGCGCCGGUUGCCCAGAAGCUGGUCGAGCAGCAGAAGCCCGCCCGCGCAGUGGCCCACAUGAUGAGCUUGGGAAGAAAGUUCGACGUGGCUGAACCUUAG